ACUUCAGUUUCCUCAUAUACAUCGCAACGAGUAUAUGGUUAUUAUGCCCGCAAUCUUAGUCACCAAACGAAAUGUGUUAGUAUGGCUGAUCUUAGAAAUGUCGGUGUGCUAUGGUUCGGAUUCUUGCUUGAAACUCAACAUAGAUCACACAAUCGGAAUGAAACUCCCUGUUUCCCCUCUUAAAAGUCUAGACGGCAUAGGACCGAGUGCAUGUUUCAAGGAAUGUCAGCGUCUCAGAAAUUGUCUGUCUGUGAACUAUAACAGAAAGCACUUCAUUUGUGAUUUGAUUGGUAGGAAGAAAAGUAAUGUUGAGCCACUGAUAAAUGACGGAGAUGUCAUUCACAUGGACCUGCCAGAUGUUAAUGAUCCGAUGGACAAAAUCUGUGGGAACGUGAACUGCAACAACUACUCCACAUGUAUACAUACUCUAUUCAAUGAGAGUGUGUGUAUCGCAACAGAAUGUGCUGAACCUCUCCCGACGUUAAAGAACGGAGUUGUUAUCAGACAAACAUAUUCUCCAAUAUCGGCAACGUUUGCCUGCAGCCCUGGAUAUACACCAGUAGGUACAAUUAACACCAUUCACUGCCGCCCGGGAGGGAAAUGGUCAUCGCUAUCCUACAGCUGUCAUGCCCCGGUGGAUGGAGGAUGGGGCAGUUGGAGUGGAUGGGGUUCGUGUUCAAAAUCAUGUGAUGGUGGAACCAAAGUCCGAAAUCGGAGUUGCAACAAUCCUAUUCCCCGUUACGCAGGUAGCUACUGCAACGGUCCUUCAGAGGACAGUGUACUCUGCAACACCAACAACUGUCCAAUUGAUGGAGGUUGGGGUAAUUGGGGAAGCUGGUCUUCAUGCACGAAAACCUGCGGCACUGGCUCCCAAAACAGGGACAGGAAAUGUGACAAUCCUUCUCCGAUAUAUGGAGGGGCAACCUGUAGUGGAGCUUCGAGGCACUCCAGGGAGUGUAACAAAGACAAUUGUCCAGGAUGGCUUUUUGGACGGAAAAAGAAAUAGUGACCAUAUCGAAAACUGUCUUCUGGUUGUGACGUUUUUCAUUCUAUCAGACAGUGCAUCCCUGGAAUGAAAAUGCCAUGUAUAGUACUAGUCAUUUCCUUUUCUUUCUUUAUUGUUUUUAUUUUCAGAAGGAUUUUGCGUGAAAUUGAGUGUUUGUUAAUCUCUAUAAUGGGCGUACUUCUAGUGCAAGGUGAAAGGAUUAGAUAACGAACAGUGAUCAAUCUCAUAAUUCCUAUAAGCAAUACAAAAUAGAUAGUUGGGCCAACACGGACCCCUAGACAAACCAGAGGUGGGAUCAGGUCCCUAGGAAAAGCAAGCACCCCCGUCGACCGGUCACACCCGGCGUGAGCCCUACACCCCAACCAGGCAAACGGAGCCAUCAACAGCCACAAUCAGUAUAAACAUAUGAAGUACCACAUCCAUGUGCAUACAGUGUACAUCACUUGUAUAAACACAUUUUACAAAAACUGUUCAUGUUAGCUUUAUUGAAUCAUACUUUCAAUAAAGGGGUAGGCAUGCAUGUGCAUACAUCUAUAUAAACGUUCUACCAGUGAAACUUCACGAAAACUGAUUAGGCCCCCCUAUCCCUGUCAAUAUCAAUCACAUAUUGGUUUAAUAAAUUAGUUUUCAGAAAUCUAAUUCUAUACAUAGGUCUAUAUUUGUACAAUAACAUAUACGUGUAUUCUCUUCUAGACAAUGUGAGGACGUCCUCACUUAACAGGUUUCAUCGUAGAGGGAGAUAGAGAGAGAAUACUAUUUAACAUUAUGGACUGUGAAAAACGGUUAUUGGUAUGUAUAUAUCUGCUGUCUGCUUAAAUGCACCGGCCGUCAAUUAGCGCACGCUUUACCCGUGAAACUGCUAAGACAACAUUAGCCUAGACGCAUAAACACUUAUUAUUAUUUCAUUAUGUUGAUUUGAGUUUUCUCUGAAAUCAGUAUUUUAUAUAUAAUUAUAGAUGUGUGCAGUGCAAAAAUGUGAACUAUGACAGUAGUAGUACAUCUAAAUGUUUGUUAUUUAUUCGGUAACUAGAAUUGUCGAAAUACCCGUGAUUUACCGAAAUACCCUCAUAAACACCGAAAUACCCCCUAACCUACCGAAAUACCCGAUGUUUUAUAUCAUAUUCCUGUAAUUGAAAUAUUUUUAUAAGAAGUUUUCUAUAUAAAACCAAGUAUUUAUUAAUUUAAUAUCACUUUAAAAUCACAUUUUAUCAAAACUUCUCACUUUUCCUCACCCCCCGCCCCCCAAGCCUUUAUUUGAUUAAUUGAAGACACGCGCGAUAGCCACACAGUUCAAACGAUAAUUAAUCUCGCCCGCUUUGAAAUUUUAAUUACGAGUCCCUAUAGCUAUACCUAACACAGUACAUUUUUGCCUUUACAAUAACAUGCGUGUAGUCUCUUCUAGACAUUGUGAAGACGUCCUAACUUAACAGGUUUCAUUGUCUUGAGAACGGUCUCGGGCAUGUGUAUAUCUGUUACAUAACACUUCCUGUCUGUUUCAACGCCCCAGACCUCGAUCAGCGCACGCUCCACCCGUGAAACUGCUAACACAACAUUAGACUAGCCACACGAACACCGCUUGGUAAUCAAUACAAAUAAAGCAUCAAUCUAAUUAAAAUGAAAUAUUUAAGUAUUUUAAUAUACUACAUAUUAAUGAUUGUCAAAACAAAAUCUGAUGGCAGAAUUAUGGUUGGCUUCCUUUCACUCUAGAUUAUUGUCUACCUAAUGUAAAACUUAUACGGUACCGAUUUUGAUGCACCAGAUAUAAUACCAAAAAGUAGAUACAUGUAACAAGUAAAACGCAAUUUUGGGGUAUACGCCACCCUUGUCGUAAAUAUGUGUGGCCUUACUCUACAAAGUAUGAUAAAUUUUGAUUCAACAUGCAAUUAGAGGGUAAUUUUGAUGAUGCUGACAGUCAUAUGUACCGUAAUAAAAGGAAUUAGUAAGUUGUAAGCAAGGCAACAAGCACUUGAUGAAGGAAUUAAAAAAAAACACCCUAGUUUAAUUACUGGUAAAAUUUGUUGGGUAUAUGUAAUUGUAAGCUGAUAAGCAGGUCGCAUGCCCUGGAGUAGAAACAUUACAAUUUUGACAUCCUGUAUUCGACACGUUGAACAUAUACACACAGGGUCUUCUCCCCCAAGUGUUGUUUUAAGAACACGUGCAGCAGGGACCCAACAGGUGUAUAUGUACAUAUAAACGAUGUUCGGUUGAAAUGGGAAAACAAAAAUCUUUCUUUUAGUAUAAUAUAAAAUUUACACUUAAAACAUACAAAAUAAUAUUUUGUUAUUAAAAUAAAUUUUCAAUACUUCCUCAAUUUUUUUGUAACUUAUGAUUUCUGUGAAUAAUUUUCAACAGAAAAAAAAAACUCCAGCUGUAUUUUAAAUCCGAUUUUCCUCUUAGAAUAACAAAUGGUAAAUUUUCAAAAUAUUAGCACAUGCAUACUGUGUAUAUCUAUCAAAACAGAAGCCUGUUCAGCAGAGCGGGCGCCUGCUAACAUUCCUAAUAUUCAUGUGCACCCGCUCUGCUGAACAGGCUUCAGGUACGUGUAUAUCUAGGUACGAGGUAUGUGUAUACCUGUUACAUAACGCUUCCUGUCUGCUUCAACGCCCCAGACAACGAUCAGCGCACGCUUGUCAAAUUGUUCAAUUUAAUUUACAUUGUUGAGGCUUUAAUCUGAGAGUGAGUGAGAGAUUGGAAUAGAAGAAGACAAUUAUAUCAUAUAAUAUAAUAACACAAAGUUGAUAACAAGUAAAACGCACUUUGGGGGGCAUACGCCACCCGCCUUAUGCAUGUGCGAUUAGUUUACAAAAUAUGUUGGAUUUUGAUUAAUCAUACAGGUACGCAAUUAGAGAGUAUGUUUUAAUGUUGCUCACAUCCGUGCCCUAAUCAAAAGUAUUAAGAAAGCAGAUUACAUAUCCUUGGGUAAAGACAUUAUAAUUUUCACGUCCUUGAUGCGACGCGUUGAACAUAUACCCACCAUAUUUUUAUCAUGUCCACUUCUCCCCCGUGUGUUGUUUUAAGAACACGUGCAACACGGUCUACAUAUAAACGAAGUUCGAUUGAAAUGGGAAAACAAAACCUUUUUGCAAAAUAUAAAAAUUGACAUUUCUUUAUUCCUAAAAACACAAAAUGAUAUUUUGUUAUAAAUAAAUUUUUGAAUCAUUUCUCAAAGUCUACAUACAUAUAUAAACGCCAUUAAAACAGACAGAACAUAUUAAUCUUGCACUCAUAUACGGUCAUUUGUAAAUCUUUUUUUUUCACUGUAAAUAUUAUUAGCACAUAGCUUCUUAUCCAAGGUACAUUAUCAUUAUAUGGAGCAUAAAAUACUAAAAAACAAAAUCAAAAAACGGAUUUCUU